ACGCGUGUCAUGUGAAAAUCUUCGAAUCUCCUUUUGCUUAUGGCAUGCCAUGUCUUGUGCGGUUCCAGUCAGAGAGAGGAUGCAACACGGCAUUAACAAUCGUAGAAAAAAAAUUCGAGCAAAGCACAAAAGUAGUUGCCAAUUGGGGAAAAUCCAGCGGAAAGCUCGAUCUGUGGUGGCUAAAUCGUCCUUUGAGGUGUAGCUGACGCUCUACUGAUGACAAGCUCACGAUGCCCAAUAGAUGGUGGUAGCCGCAGAAGAAUUAGCCACAGUGCUGAGCGUGAGGUGUGGAAUUAGCUCAUGGUUUUGAAACCAGAGCGUCGUUCGUGAAACUUGGUUGACGGUUUUGGAAAGAGUUUGUGACUAUGAUCGGAAGGUGGCUUUCACUGAGCAUAAUUCGUGUUGCUAGUUCGGGAUGCUCACAUGGAAAAGGUUGCGUCCUUGGAAUUCGCAGAGAUAGAAAUGGCAGGGAAUCAGAGGCCAGCGUCCCAUGGGAGUUGAAUCAGAAGGUAGCUUGAGAUUUUUGAAUUGUUCCACUAGUCGCGAGGUUUCUGCAUACGGCCAGUAACCACAAUAAUUUCUCCGCCUAAUUCUGUGCUCUUGGUAGCACAAGGAUGAGAAUUGAUUUGUGAUGGAAGUGGGGGUAGCAGCACUUGUGUCGCGAUAAGUGUAACGUAGAGCCGAUCCGUGUGGUCUGCGCACGCACACGAAGGUCUGCAAAAUAUUCAAGAUAAAUUUUGAAAGGCGGCUCGUAUAUAUUAAGGCUUCAUGAUCAUCUCAUAACCGACAGAGUAGAAACGGCUGUGCCAAGGAUUUCUUCGUCGCUGCUCAAUCGAACUUCUCCAAUCUCCUUCGAUAUUAUGCAAAACCUCUCGUCAAUUCUGCUAGACGAACAAUUGCGGAGCUCAAGAAGUGUUUGAUUACGCGUUAAUCAACAACACCUCAGUACUCCACUAGAAACUGUUCAGAAUGGUGAUUCAAAUAGAAGGGGGAGGCUGCAUGCAGAUUUGAGAGAUGCGCGUAGGAGACUUCUAUAAUUCGUAGAAAAUGGGCAUGCUUUCGAAAUUGCGUUUUUCAAAUCGCAUGUCCGUUUCAAUUCAGGUGGUAUGUAUCUGUUUCGGCCUUGUGAUGUUGCUAACUACUGUUAGCUUACAAGUAAUGUCGAAGAGGACUUGGGUUGACUACUUCGGCAUCGUGCUAGCUGAUGUUUACCCUUACACAACGAACAUUACCACAGACACCGCAACCCUCUCCCAAUCCUUCUCUGGCGAUCUCGAUGCGUCUGAAUUGCCAGUAGGUUUGAGCUUCCAGGCACCCAACGAUGAUGAUCCAACCUUAGCAUCUUCACCUAUAGGUCCUAGCGAUCAGGAUGUUGAAUUCCUGCAAAGCAGAGAGCAUACAUCGGAGCUGGGAGUUUCUGAAUCAUUAGAGUCUUCUACAAUCGAGCAAAACUCACCCUCAAGCUCUCCCCAGAAUGAGAAUAUGCAUUUACUGAACACACUUGACUCGGAGAUUUCACCUGCAAGAUACGAAAAUACUGCUGUAUCGGAUGCAAUACUGAUGCCAUCACCCGCCUUGGUGUCUGUGGAUACCCGAGAGAAGUUCCUUGUUCCAAUCUUGAGUUGGCAAGUAGGAGCGGGUAAUCAAUUUAUGGAAUACCUUUCGGCCGCUGUCAUUGCCCGAUCGCUCAACCGGACGUUGUGCCUUAGCCCUUUCUUCCCCGGACCAUCGAGGCACACAGGGCGAGUAACAUCGGGAUUGGCGUGGGAAGAUCGAUACGAAGUAUCCUCACUCUCAAGAUUCACACAAGUUGCAAGCUUAAUGCAUUGCUUGAAAGAAUGCGACGACACCAUGAAUCUCAAGAUCAUGUUGAAAAACUCUCGAGAAGCGCGCAUGCCAAGCUGGAAGAGAUACCCCAAUAACAACGAAGCGUUGAACCUGAACUGGGACUAUGUAAAGUGGACUAAACCACAAGACAUCUUCGCCUCUCUGGGCAACCGCAAUGAACGAUGUGUCGGUAUCAUGGGCUUGUUUCCAGGAUUGAGGUGGAGGGGUGCAUUUUUAGCCGUCUCAGCGUUCUUACGGCCAGCUCCUCGAAUUAAAAAAAUUGCCGAUAUGCUACAGCAGUAUGCUCUUGGUAAUGGCACUAGGUACUUGGCAGUUCACUGGAGGUUUGAGGAGUCGGAAUGCGCGGCCCAUCAUGUCGGACUCUGCUUUGUGCGCUGCGACGAUGGUUCAGUGAUCAAUUCCGGCCUGCAUCCUGAAGCCAAAGAGUGGAUCAAGGCAGCAGAGACUCCGUGUAACAGGGAUGGCCAUUUCCGAGGUGUCAUAUUGCAUCAAAAGGAUAUCAUAGAAGCAAUUGAAGAGCGUGCAUCAAACCACAGCGUCAACACCAUCUACCUUGCGACAGAUGGAUGGAUGCGCGGGCACCACAGCAUCUCUCUUUUGACAGAGAUUGUCGAAUCUCUUCGGAAGCGUGGGCUCACGGUAGUUGGGCUUUGGAAAUUAACUGAGUUGCCCAAUUUCGCCGACGGCACUUACUUCGACCCAGUAAAAACAUUGGGCAAGGUCAACCAGGACCUGAACGGCGCACAGAUUGCACUAGUGGAGCAAGAGCUAUGCUCGCGUGCGGUGUCAUUCAUGGGAAGUGGGCAGUCGACGUUCAGCCUGGCGGUGUUUCGCGUGCGACUGGCACGUCGUCGCGUGGAGGAGAUCGUGGAGGCCACGGCAGAGAGCGGCGGCAGUAAGGAGGGGGGGGACAAGGCGACGAUGGACAAGCGAAUUGCUGAGGCGCUGCUGGAAGACGAGCAUCCGGCGGGGUUGCAUUGUCGGUACCUACGGCACAUGAAGCGGCAUCGGGUGCGGGAGGAGGUGGAGACCGAGGCUGACGAGUAUCCCGAUGGCUGGCUCGACCUCCUCGCCUGCGAGGGCCGCCUCCGCCGCGGCGGAAGGUGCCGCGUCGCGCACUGCUUCUGAUUCAUCCAUCCACACACCCAUCCAUCCUUUUAUGCUUCUGAUACAUUCAUCCACUUCUUUCUUUCCUUCUUUCAUACUUUCUGCAUAGAAAUAAAGACGAUGGAGCAAGUGUUUUUCUUUACUGGAUUCCUUUCCCAUUUCUUUUAAGCUUCCAA